GAACGGAUGCUGUGCGCGAGGCGGCCGCCUACUAAGUUCGUUUCAGAAAUAUCCUUUCUUGUGGAGUGCUGAAGCGUGGUGUGAACAUGGAGAAAAUUUGACACAAGAGCAUUGGAAGACAAACUAGCCUACAGCAAAUGCCUGGAAUACAUGUCCCUUUCAUUCAGCUGACUACGUUGGAGGCAAGAGCAUCCUCGCCACGAGGAAGCUAAAACUUAAGGACCUAUGUAAUCGGUUAUCACUGUUUGCCAGAAGAGGGAUAACCUACUGUCGGAUGGACUGAAUCAGAAUUGCAUAUGAUGGACAUGUUUGACUCUCUCUACAGGAUAGUUUACAAAGGCAUCCCGUGAUACGAUUUAAAUGCCUCUGAUUUAGCUUACUCUGCCUGGGAGUGAGAGAAGUGAACAGCUACAUUCAAGCGCAUAGCCCACUUCAGGGACUUUUACAUGAUUUGCCUACUCAAUCCAAGGCUUGAGUGUUGUCUAUAAUUGGGAACGAAAGUUAUCAGAAGCCCACUCUAUCUGGCGAAUUCAGCACUGAACUGUGGAUUGAUAAUGGAUUCCUUUACACGGAUGCGUCUUUAUUUCACCGCAAAUACGCUUGAAAAGAGUUAUUAGAAAUCCGAUAGCGUUACUGAAAUGUUGGUACAUCUUGAUGAGUGGCAAGUAGCAGUAUUGUAGAUUAGCUAACUAAAAUGUACUGUCGCUAUCAAAUUGAAGUGGCCUUGAAUGACCAUCAGCCCCGAAGCAUUGGCUAAUUUUUAUUACAUUUACACAAUGAGAGAUUGUCGGACAGGUAUACGUUUAACUCCAAACAGAUUAUAACUUGAGAAAGAACUGAGGCUCAUAAUAUGGGCAGUCGUGGACGAACUUGUGCUAUGGAGUUGGUAUUGAUUGCCGUUACCUUUUUGUUUUGGGACUCCGUGUGGGCUGACGACAAAAUCAUUUCAGACAGACAUGCGGUCUACUGGAACAGUUCUAACGCCAGGUUUUGGCAUGGGGAAUACACGGUGGCGGUCAGCAUCAACGACUACUUGGAUGUCUACUGCCCGUACUAUGACACCCCACAGCCGCACAGUCGGAUGGAGCGCUACAUCCUCUUCAUGGUCAACCACGACGGCUACGCCACGUGCGAGCACCGCAUGCGCGGCUUCAAGCGCUGGGAGUGCAACCGGCCGCAGAGCCCGGACGGCCCGCUGCGCUUCUCCGAGAAGUUCCAGCUCUUCACGCCCUUCUCGCUGGGCUUCGAGUUCCGCCCGGGACACGAGUACUACUACAUCUCUUCUCCCCAUCCCAACCAUGCAGGGAUGCCUUGUCUAAAGCUGAAGGUGUACGUGAAGCCAACAAAUGGUUCGAGUUACGAGUCUCCCGAGCCCUUCCUGAUUGACGAGGGCCCGAGCUGGAGGGCGCAGGCCCCCCGCCUCCCCCUGGUGCUGGCUCCACUGCUGCUGCUGCUGCUGCUGCUGCCGCCGCUGGCCUCCCUGUGAAGACCUCCAGCCUGUGACCACGCUCACGCUCCCGUACCUGGGGCCCUGGAUGCUCCCGCCGCCCUCUCCCUCCUCCAACUAACUGCCCCCCCAAGACCCUC